AUGGAUUUACAUUCCAUUGACGUAAUGGAGAAUACAAGCAUACGACAGAUGCAAAUUCCAGGCACUCCCAAGCUUCAGGGAAGUAUCGAUCUUGAAAAUCACGGAUACCUAGUGAUACUAACCGUCUCUGUCUGCCUGGUAUCGCUCAUUGUCAUCACAAUCCUCACAAACUUCAUCGUCGUCGUGGUGUUUGUAACCAGGGAAAAUAGAAAACGAAGCAAAAACAUAUACUUAGCCAAUCUGUCUCUCAUAGAUUUGAUCAUUGGUGUCACUGUAAUGCCGGUGACAAUGCUAAGUAUGUUGAACAGAAACUGGAAUCUGCCCAACGUUGCCUGUAGGAUACAUCUGGUAGCUCUUCAUUCACUUGUGUUUGCCUCACUCCUGGCCGUGUUGCUAGUGAGCGCUGAUAGGUGGUACUCUAUUUGUUAUCCGUUCACAUACCGUGUUAGACCAACAGGACGGAUAGCUCUGUAUGCUGUUAUUACCUCCUGGGUGUUCUCUUUCACACUACACGUUCCUUUUGUAGGAGUCUGGGACUUUAUUAUACACGAAAACUGGCUGGAGAUUGAAGUGGGGUUAUGCCAGGCAUCCAGGCGGCAACAUCCUGGGAUUACUUUACUUACAAUGAUUAAAUAUAUUCUUCCACAUGUGACCAUGUUACUGCUCAAAUGCAGUCUGUAUAGAAAGAUAAAAAAGAGAAAGAAUGUUAAUGUCCGUAGAUCUAUUAGUAGCGUGGACACAGCCGCGUUCUGUCUCAUCCGAGCAUCAAUGUCAGAAACAGCCAUGAAUGCUUUAGCUGAGGCAGCAGAGACCAACUUAAACAUAGGACCGCGGGUGAGGAUUACCUGCCCACCAAUAGAACGUCGAAAUACAAUGGAUCUCCUACCACCACUGAAUCCAACACGACCAGGGGCCAGUAGAAGCUGGUCAGGCUCCCCUGACCAGCGUCUUAGUUUCCCAUGUCAUCCAACAUUAAAGCGGCGAAUGUCAUUGCAGGACUGUCUUCUCUCACACAACAAGCGAAAUAGCCGUCGUUUUCCGAAUGGUUUUUCCAACGAUGGGAACAACAUUAAUAGGCGAGCCACAAUCGGGGACCUGGCGAAGAACCUCCUUGAAAAACAGGACUCCAAAGCAGCCUGGUUUUUGUCUCUUCUGCUGGCGACUUCAAUUACAUGUUGGACUCCAUGGACAAUCUUUAGUUUAUGUCAUCAGUUUGUAGUAAUUCCUAGCUGGCUCAACAGCCUGGCCUUGUGGGUACUGUUAGCGAACUCAACAGCUAAUCCAUUCCUCUACGGACUGCUCAAUAAAGACUUUCGACGGGUUGUCUCCUCCUGGCUGUACUUGAGAGGAAGCAAAAAGAAACGUCUCAAAACGGCCUUGCGAAUGCUGAGUUGGCAAAUGGCUUGGGGAACUAUUGAUCUAGGAGUCGAAGGUCGACGAACCCCAGAAGCUCGUUCAAGUUUGACGCCAUGCAAAGAAGGAGACGAGUGUUGA